AUGAGUAAACCAAAAGCCAAUGGAGGCAUAGCCUUUAAAGACAUUGAAACUUUCAACAAAGCGCUGCUCGGGAAACAACUAUGGAGAAUGUUGAAACAGCUUGAAGCUCUAGUUUCACGAGUCUUCCGAGCCAUGUAUUUCUGUAAGACUAACCCUUUGGAAGCAAAGCUUGGAUCCCGACUGUCCUAUGCUUGGAAAAGUAUUCAAGCGGCUCAAAAUCUCAUGAAACAAGGAAUAAGACGAGUCAUAGGGAAUGAGGAGGAUACUGACAUAUGGACUGACCCCUGGAUAAGCACCAAGCCGGCACAAGCAAUCCUCAGCCUGCGCCAAGCUCCAACUAAGGUACAACAACAAUUAUCUUCUCUUUUAAGAGUUAAAGACCUCCAUGUCCAAGGCGGAAGAGAGUGGAACAGAGAGUUGUUGAAUAGGCUGUUUUCUAUGAUGCCAAGUUGGGUAAUCCCCCUUGUGGAAGUGGGAUAA